AUGGCAGACCCUUUCUCAGUCGCCGGUACUGCUGUCGGCAUAAUCUCACUUGGUCUGCAGACUUGCCAAAUUCUCUACAAUUACUGCUCCGAGUUUAAAAGCUUCCCUCGCGAUGUUGAGAACAUUCGAAGACAAAUUAGAGGCCUUGAGGGUAUCCUGGAAGGGCUCCAUGAGGUCAAAGAACAACUGGAAAUCGACAAUCACACGCCGUCUUCACAAUUACACAUGGCACUGAAGGAAUGCGAAGAAAUGUUGCACGAACUUACGAGGAUGGUAGAGAAACGAAACCCCGCUUCAAAAUUAGAUGGUGUUCAAACUCAACUUCGAGCUAUGAAGGGAAGGAUCCUCUGGCCGUAUAGGAAAGAAGAUCUCAAAGAGGUGCAAUCAUCGCUUACAAGGUUCCAGGAGAAUCUAGCUCUGGCUCUACAGUGUGCUGGCCUUGACGGCACGUUACGUCGGCUGAGAGACCUACAUUCUGAGUUCAUUGUUCAACAACAACAAGCGGUUAGGGUAGAACAGACCCUCAACCAACAUACAGAAGCGCUGCAAAUGAUUCGUCGAGACGUUGCUUCGCAAGGCCCUGAUCUGUCGAAAAUAUACAAUGAAAUCAUGAUUCUACGAGCUCACCUUUUAGAAGACGGUGCGAAUAGCGACUCGUCCUCGCGGAAGUUGACCCUCACAUCGUCAUCAACAGUAUAUGCCUUCCCGCACGAAGGAGCCCAUGAGCGUACAUCCCAGCUUUCAAAACAAAGCGGCUUCAUCCAAACUAGGAAAUCUAAUUCAUACCACUGUCACUCAAAACGGAAGCGGAAAGUUGAGUCCGGAAGAUGGUACAAGGUCCUGACGGAUGAAGUUUAUGAUCAUCACAAAGACUGUCCUCGAUUCGCACACGGGGACUACACUAGAUCCGUUGCUGUCCAGCUUUCUAUUUAUAAAAAUUUGCUAAAGUUCUGUGUGCAGAUAGGUUGGCAGUAUUCGAGAAAAGGGGGCUGGAAUUCACUAGCACCCGUGCUAAGAUAUCGGGCUGUGGUUCCGAGUGACUCGCCGGUGUUCAGAAUCUUAGGGUCUGCAAUUAAGAGCAUUGUGUAUCGGAAUACCUCCAGGCCAAUACGUCGCAAUAUGGCAACCAGUUUUGUAACAGUUGCACCUGAACUUCAACAAGAGUUUCGAAAGGGCGCUUGUCCUACUGAUCUUGAUACGAACGGAAACGGGAUUUUAUAUAAAUUCAUGAGCACUGUGCCUGAGAUCAUUGAUCUGUGUUUCGACGCAGGUGUACCCUUUGACGAUCAAAAUGCCGAGGGAAGCACCCCGGUAGAGUAUUGGCUUUCAAAACCAUUGGAGUACGUUUACUAUGUAAAGGAAUGGAAGUUGCUCUAUGGCCAUGUCUUAUUUUGUCUUGCACAGAGGGCAGAAGGCUGGUCUUUCUCACGACUUGCACAAUAUAAAUCGAAAAUACCUUCAUAUCAGAUAGUCUUUGACAACAUGUCAGCUCUUUUACAAUUAGAGUCGUUUUCCAACACAUUCACUGAUGACUUCCAACAUGAGGUCAUAUUGCGAAGGUCAGAACUCGACUUCGCUACUCGCCUGAAAGCUCCAGGUGUUGACACCUGGGUGUCUUUGUUCGCGAGAUUCGAUUCUGUGUAUGCGCUAGCAUCAUGGCCUGGAGGCCUGAGCACAAUGCUAUCUAAUCCCAACGUAAAUUUAUCACAAAAUCUUCUAAAAAAGCUCUUGUACGCGGCUAUCGUAAUGAAGAAUAUCAAGUCCAUCGAGGUCUUGUUGAACUACGAAGUUCCUAUAACACGGAGAACUUGGAACGACAUAACACGGCAGUUCUUCGAAUUUGAGGGUCAUGACAGACAGACCAAUCUUUCGUUGACCAAGAUUUACCAUCGCAUCGCGAGUCAUCUCUACCAAGACGACAACACUGGUUCAGAUGAUCAAAUUAAAGUGGAGGAAAUCCAUGAUCUCGAGCGCGACGACAUUGAACUUCUUGAGAAAGUUGUCGUGGAGUUGGAAGAGAAAUGGGCUGGAUACAAGAAGCCUUUUGUCACUUUCAUGAAUCGAGUAUGGAGGCCUCGAAUGCGAAAGAUGCGCCGCGAGCGACAGGCCGACAAGGCUACUUACGAAGCUGAAUUGGUUCGUAUGGGUAUCACGUUGGAAGAGCCGUAUGAAAAAACGGAUGAGGAAACUGAUUCGGAUAGUGAAAGUGACGCAAGUUGGUCGGAUGAUUAUGAGGACGCUGAUAGCGAGGGAUGGUAUACAACCGACGAGGAUGUAGAUGAAGUGGAAGAUUGUGGAGAAGAUCAUGGAGAAGAGAGUGACUAG